AUGGUUUUCAAACCAUUCACCCACCUCGCGCGCCAGAGUUUCACUAAAGCCUUCACCCAUGGCUAUGCUCAGUCCGUAGUCGCCGCCUCGCAGACAUACGCGUCGACAACCCCCUUCAACCCUCUCGCCGCCCAACCCGCUAAAUUCUCUCGCACUACGCAAUUACAAAAUGCUUUCUCUAAUGCCUCGAGUUCGUCUGGCGCUGGUGCGAAGACCAGCCAGGGCGGGUCAGGAAAUGGUGAUCUCGGUCUAGCCGCCUAUUAUGCGGCCUGGCAGAAUGCUCAACAGAACGGCGACGACAGCGAUUGGACUCAGUUCGAGUUCAAGCGCCGUAUUGGCUGGAAGCCAUCGGCGGACGAAGCUAUUCCUGAGGAUCGAGCUGCGUCUGAGUCCCCUCCGCCCCAUCCUACGAAGGCUGCGGCGAACGAAGAUGUUAGUGCGCAGGUGGAGGAGGCUGUAGCCCGUGAGAUUCAAAUACAGGAGGAGCAAGCACAGGCUGAAGAGGCCGCGCUAGGUGCGGAGGCCAGCGCUGAGCCCGCUCACGAGGAUUUCGCCGUUUCGCAAGAGGUGUCUGAGGCUGCCCGGGUUGCCUCGGAUCGUAUCGUACAACUGGCAAUUUCCAAAAAUUAUGCUGAGAUUCCUGCUGCAUUUGAAGUCUUGCUGCGAGAUGGACUUACCCCGACUGUCGAGGCAUAUAAUGCCUUGCUGGUCGCCGCCAUCCGUCUUCACCCUGAUGCAGCCCAGGCCAUUCCAAAGGCGCUCGAUGUCUACUCUGAUAUGCUUCGUCGUAGGGUAAUUCCCGAUGAAGAUACCUAUGAGACUCUUGUUCAGCUUCUGGUCACCCGGGCUCACGACAUCAUCAAGGCUAAGGAGGCGUUAGAGCAGGAACGUGUUCGAUUCGGUGGAAUGGAAGAGCCUGGCAAGUUCAUGCUUCACUCAAGUGAAUUGGAGCGGGACCUCCUCGCCGAAGAUACUUCCCUGUCCAUUGCCAUCACGCUCUUUGCCACUGCGACGACCCGACACAGUCGAUUUGUCUUCCCACUUGACUUGUACCGUCAACUUAUCAUUGCCUGUGCUAAGGAAGGUAAGGUGGAGGAUAUGAUCCGGAUUUACGGCCAUAUGGAAUCUCAGAAGAUGAUCCCACAUGCCACGAUUUUCGCGCCCAUGAUCACUGCUUUCGCCUCCACUGGCGAUCUUCGCAGCGCUGUUGAAUGCUAUAAUGAGUACCGAGGCCUUGCUGUUUCUGAUGAUAAUGGUGUUUUCAGCAUUGUUCAACGUCAGGACGGCCAGGUCUAUGCUGCUUUGAUCCGUGCUUAUCUGUCUUGUGGUAAAGAGGAGGGUGCCAUGCAGUUCCUCGAUCGGAUUCGCUCCUCUUUCGACGGAGUCACUGAAAAUCGCCAGGACCGAUGGUCUGCAGUGGAGGCUGUAAUUGUCGAGGAAGCAUUUGUGCAACAAUCACUCAAUGCUGGAGACCACAUUAAAGCAUUGGACCAAGCCAAGUCUUUGUUGUCAGAUGCCGCUCGGGAUCAGGCCAUCUCUCGCAUCUGCAUUGCUGCGGCCGAUGCGGGCGAUCUCCCCACUGCUUCUGAAGCAUAUGAUAGUCUGCCCACCGCGCCAGAUGUACGACAGAACCCCGCCAUCUCACUGCUCGCCCUCCAUGUCCGCCGUGGCAAUGUCUCGGCGGCUCGUGCUUUGUGGAUCAUGCUCAACACAGUGGGUCAGGCAACCCCGGAUCUGGUCCAACCGACAGCUAUGUAUGCGGUCGCUCUGCUCAAGAGUGGAAAUGUUGAGGAAGGUCUUCACCAGGCCCGUAGCAUGUUCAAGCGUAUUCGCAAGGCAACCCAAGAUCAACACGCCGCUGUCCCUAACCUCAUCCAAGAACAAAUUACUGAGUCGCUCCAUCUCUUUGGUCGAGUCCUUAUGCAGUCAGCCGCUGUUCUUUCCCCUCAAUCCUCGAUGACACUGUUGUGGUCCAUGCUCGACAACGGCGGUUUGGUAUCCCCUCUAGCCGAGCACGCUGUCGCCAACCUUGGCCCGAUCGGCAUAUCCCAGCUCAAGCCUGUCGACCUCACCCUCGCGCUCCAAGUCCAGGCUGGCAUGCUGGUCAGCAGUGGUUCCAUGCUCUUCGAUGUCGCCCAUCCCGUUCGCUUCGCACACAUGCUUGACGUCGCCCUUUCCUCGUCCCUUCCCAUGGAUCUCUACACCAUUGGUCUGGUCGAUCAGGCUGUUGGCAAGCUUUUCGUCAGCCGUCCCGAUGUCGUGAAGAAGUGGCAGGAAUAUCUGGAGUCUAACUCCCAGACCUCGGCUUCUCCUUCCCAGGUGUUCCUCUCGUCUAACCGUCAAAGUCCCGUUUCUAUGACAGAGACUUCGAUCACCGCUCCGUCUGCAACCGCCGAAUCGUUUGACCCCUAUGCCCACGCGACCGACUUCCGCGGAUCCGCUGUUAUUGCAGAGGAGCUUGAGAAGACCGGCGGACGGGCCGAGACUCACCUCAACGAUGCUUUGACUCGUCUCAACAACAUGCGCCGUAUUGGUCGUCACCCUCGCUACAUUACCUAUGCCAAGUUGAUUACUGCCGCUGCUAAGGCUGGUCGUAUGACCCUGGCUCACGACAUUCACAACAUGGCACGCGCCGAUGUUCCCCUCGAUAUGAACUUCAGCGUUGUUAAAUACGGCUGGGUCUCUAUCCUCGAUGCCAUGGUUGCUGCUUGUCUCACGCUUGGUGACCGCCAGCUGGCCGCACAGUAUCACCAGGAGCUUCUCACCCUUGGUUCUGCGCCCUCGGCCAAUACGUUCGGUUUGUACAUCACCACCCUGAAGGAGUCUACCAAGACCUUCGACGAGGCCACCGAGGCUCUCAAGGUCUUCCACCGUGCAGUCGCCGAAGGUGUCGAGCCCACUUCCUUCCUGUACAAUGCGCUGAUCGGCAAGCUGGGUAAGGCUCGCCGCAUUGACGACUGCCUUGCAUACUUCGCUGAGAUGCGUGCCAACAACGUGCGCCCGACAAGUGUUACCUAUGGAACCAUUGUGAAUGCGCUUUGCCGUGUGAGCGACGAGCGGUUUGCCGAGGAGAUGUUCGAGGAGAUGGAGUCCAUGCCUAACUACAAGCCACGUCCCGCACCCUACAAUUCUAUGAUCCAGUACUUCCUCAACACCAAGCGCGACAUUAGCAAGGUCCUGGCAUACUAUGAGCGCAUGAAGGCACGCAACAUCCAGCCUACAUUGCACACCUACAAGCUUCUCAUCGACGCACAUGCCUCUCUGGAGCCAGUGAAUAUGGCGGCGGCUGAGGCGGUCCUUGACUCCAUGAAGGCCGCCGGCCAACAGCCCGAUGCUGUACACUAUGCUUCGCUCGUCCACGCCAAGGGAUGUGUCCUGCACGAUCUCGAGGGUGCCCGCAAGGUGUUCGAUUCCGUGAUCUCGGAUCGCCGCGUGCGCCUCCAGCCGUGCCUUUACCAAGCCCUCUUCGAGUCGAUGGUUGCUAACCACCGCGUCGCUGAUACCGAAGAAGUUGUUCAAAACAUGUUCACUCGCAAGGUGGAGAUGACCGCCUACAUUGCCAAUACGCUGAUUCACGGCUGGGCCGCCGCGGGCAACGUUUCCAAGGCCAAGUCCAUCUACGAUAGCCUCGGCAUGCAAAAGCGAGAGCCUAGCACCUACGAGGUGAUGACCCGCGCUUUCUUGAGCGCGGAUGAUCGCCUCAGCGCCGCCAGCAUUGUCCAGGAGAUGAUGUCGCGCGGAUACCCGUCUGCGGUGGCCGGCAAGAUCCACGAUCUCGUCGGGGGUGUUUCCUCUUCCCUUUAA